AUGGCAAUGGAGACUAGAGCCACGAGAAAAUCCCUCUACCGCUACGAUCCCUCGAUAGCAGUGGCCAUUGUCGCUGCUGUUCUUUACGGCAUCGCUUUUAUUUUAACUUUCAUCCGAUGGAUCCGAUACAAGUCGUGGGUGUGGGUGGUUAUGGUCGUGGCUUCUGCAAUGGAGGCAGUUGGCUACAUCGGCCGAUGCGUUUCCAUUCAGGAUCUGACAGAUAGGCCCGUCUACAUCCUCCAGUUCUCUCUCGUCAUCCUGGCCCCAGUCCUUAUGGCAGCCUGCUGCUAUAUUGUAUUCAGCCGCAUCCUAUUUCUGAUUGUUCCCCGCGAGGAACGCACUUUUCGACUCUGCUGGGUGCCUCCGCGAUGGAUUACUCCGCUGUUUGUUGGAUUUGACGUUAUUGCACUCUUUCUCCAACUGGUUGGAGCUGUGAUUAUCUCUUCCGUCAAUAUCGAUGAUGCGGAUGCGGAGAGUAAGCUCAAUCGGGGCAAACACAUUGCCCAGGCGGGUGUCGUUAUUCAACUGUCGGCGUUUGGUCUUUUCUCGGUGGCUGCCGUUCGCUUCAACUUUACCUCCAAGCGGUUCUCAAAAAACAUUCAUGAGCGCUAUGAAAGCUUUGGAGAGAAAGAUUAUGUGAUUGAUGGGGUUUUGAAGAACAAGCAUUGGCCGGCCUUGUUGCGGGUUGUGAAUCUCACCACCAUCUUGAUUUUGAUCCGAUCAAUCUAUCGUCUUGUCGAGUUCACUGAGGGUGUGACAGGAUACGUUAAUACUCACGAGUGGACGCUGUACGUCUUUGAUGCUUUGGUGAUUUACCCCUGCGUCGCCCUUUUCAUCUAUUGGCACCCAGGGAGGUAUUUGCCUUAUUUGGGAUUCCGGCUUCCUAAGCACGCGCGCUAG